CAGCAAACUUACUCUGCUCCUGACCCUGCUCCUGUGCAACACCAAGUCCAACCAUCUUACUCUGCUCCUGCUCCUGCUCCUGCCUCUGCUCCUGCUCAACAAUACACUUACUCUGCACCACAACCAGUGGCUCAGCAACCGCAACAAAGUUACUCUGCCCCGAGAGUACAACAACAACAACAACACCAGCAACAGCAGCAGCCCAGACAAACUUACUCUGCUCCUCAACAGCAGCAGCAACAGCAGGUUGUUCAGCAGCAAGUUCAGCAAAGAUACUCAGCACCACAGUCAUCUUAUGGUGCACCAGCACAGCAGCAAACGAGACCAUCGGUGGUGUCUUCUCAGCAACAGCACCAACAACAGCAACCGUUUGUGCCAAUAAGUCGCCCACAGGCGACUUAUUCUGCCCCGAGGCCCGUGGAUUUAACUGGCCCGUGUCCUUGCCCAAGCCCACAGCGCUGCCCAAGUCCCUCAGGGUCGUCGUUCAGCAACCAGGAUUCCAGGUUGGCGAUUGAGCAGAAGAUCGAGUCCUUGCCAGGGAAUCUGGACUUGGUGGCCUUGGCGACAAGCAUUGGCGGCGUGGACACGUUUUUGACGCUCGUUCAAGAGGCUGGUCUCGUUCAGACCCUCACCGAAUCAGCGCUAUGA